AUGCGAUGCGCGAGCAAGGCCGCCGAGGAGCGCGUCCGCACGUCUCUGUGCGGACGCCGAAGCGAAACCACAGCAACUGAUGUCUCAUCGGUUGCUGAAGCGACUCAGCCUGUGUCACUUGGUGAUACAGGCGCUGGUCAUGAAGACACUCAUGUCUUCACAGAGUAUGAGCUCGGUGUCUCAUACUCUCCUGAUACGGAAGACGGAUCCGUAUCGACGGCGAUCGAAUCAAAGCCGCCUGCCAAGCGUGGCAUGGAUGAUGCUAUGCGUCGUAGCAUCUUUGGUUCAUCUGACGAAUCAGAUGAACCAUCGCUGAAGCGAAGGCGCUCGAGGUCGCAAGAUUGGGCGCUCACAGUGGUGUCGGUUCUCCUAUUGACACCACUUCGCAGCGAGGUGCCAGUACUUCUGUCGGCACGUUGCAAGAAGAGCGGGACCGCAGUGUGUUGCGUCUCGCUCCCGAAAAGAAGGCAUGGCUGCCUCCAAAAUUCCGUCAUGGAUCGUUUGUCGGCGACGACGAGUGAUCAUUAUCGAACACGGUUGUUCGAUUCGUCAAGGAUCCAUCACCUUGACCCCAGCGCGAAAGACUAUCGCGCUGAGAAUGAAUUCUUCAUCGAUGCUUUCUUCAAACAUCGAUGGUACGGUGGGAAUCACAAACGUGAUGGUCCCUCACUGCUUCAAGCGUGGAACGCCUACAUCCAUAACCUUGAGGAUGUAGGUCGUGAUGCUUGGAACGACAAAUUUAUCAAAGCUCGUGAUAAGUUAGAAAAGCGAACCCCCGGCAGGUGCACGCUACAAGCUGCAUCGUUUGUCAAGGGAGAAAGGAUUACCCUGCCUCUCUUGGGGAGACUCGUGCCCAUGUUGUGUGAACAACUCUGCACGAGCACCUAA